AUGAUCGCGGGCUCCAGCUCUGCCCUGCAGGACUUGUUUUCCUACGCAUGUCCCAAGUUCGUGGCGGCCUCCAUGCCAGAUCUUGAGAACCUGGAGAACUUUACAGCAAACGAAGCACACCAGCGGCAGCUGACUCUUUUCCUGCAAGAGGUGAGGCAGCAGCAAGCCCUCCCAACGAUUGGCUCUUACAUGAAGCUCUACACGUCUUUGCAGACCUCCAAGCUGGCCCAGCUCUGCGAGAUGGACGGAGAGGGUCUCCGUGACCAGCUGAUGUGCGUCAUGCACAAGACUCGACAGCUGGUGCAUCAGAGAGUUGGCACGCCGCUGGACGGUGAGCUGCAUCCCUGUGGUGAAGUGGAGUUCUACCUGGACGGAGACAUGGUGCACAUCAACGCGCAGAAGCCGCAGCGACCACACGCCGACGUUUUCCUGGAGCACAUCCGGAAGUUUCAGGACAUCCUGAAGCGAGCUGACAAGCUUGACAAGCCAUCGAGCUGA